ACCAUCAUCGCCGUCAUCGUCGCAUCCGUCUCUCCCGAUCGCCUGCACCUGCAUCCAUGUCCUCCAGCGUCAUUGUCGAGCACGAGUUUCGCAAGCUCACAGUCAAGACCACCCCCGCCAUGUCGGUCCGGUCGAUCCUGUCGCAGGCCUGCCAGCAGUUUGGCUUGAGCGAGGAGCAGUUUGCCCUCAAAUACAACAAGAAGAUCCUCGAUCCCUCGUUGUCGGUCCGGUUCGCCAACCUCCCUGCUUCCGCCAAGCUGUCUCUGGUUGCGUCCUCGACCAACGCCCGGCCGCUGCCGACUUCCGAAGUGACAAUCGCUCUCCAGCUCGACGACGGCAGCCGCCUGGUCGGCAAGUUUACGCUGUCCACGACGCUUUGGGAUAUCCUCUCGCACUUUGAGAGCAAGUCUGGAGGCUCGCUGGUGCUGACGACCCGGACAGGUAUCCCGACACCCGAAAAAUCUGGCUUCUUUGGGAUCGAUAUCCGCAAGAAAACCCCUGUCUACAUGAUCCCGGUUUGCAUUCUGAUGAACCAGGAGUUUUCAACGAUCGCGGCGCUCCAAAACACAACUCUGCUGAGCGCCGGAAUCUCCUCUGGCAACACCGUCAUCCGUGUGCUGUUCAAGUACACGCAGCAAACUCUGGAGAGUGCGCUCCAGGAGAUUGUCGCCACGGCACCCGCUGCUGCCCCCGCUACUGCACCAGUUGCUGCUGGUGGUCCGAUGGCGAAUCUUGCUUCCGAGAACGCAUCGGUGUCCGAGGCCCCUCCCGCUGUCGAAUCAGCACCCGCAGCAGCCCUGCCGUCUCCGACUCUGGCCACCCAGCCAGUCAACGCCGCAUCGUCGGUGGAGCAGCAGGCUGUUAUUCCACAGCAGCACCCCGUUGCCGCAGCCCAGCCGCCGACUGAGCUCCAAGUCGCUGACCAGCCGCUCGACACGGACAUGACUGAGGCAGCUGUUGAGGACAAGCCUGCGGUGUUUAACCGAGAUAUCAAGGUUUUCGCCCCACCUCCGGAAGGCUACACGAGCCAUGCCAAGAUCGAUCUUCCCGACUCGUUCUUCACGCUGACCUCUGUCGAGCUGAAGCAAAUCUACGAUUCGGCCAAGCAGCAUCGCCAGGAGCACGAAAACGCCCCGCUCAAAACCCGAUACAUCCGGGAGAAAGAGAUGGAGGCCAAGAUGCAAAAAUACCCAAAGACCUUGGUGCGUGUGCGCUUCAUGGACCGCAGCAUCCUCCAGGCAACCUUCCGCUCUGUGGAGCCGGUUUCGGAACUCUUCAAGGUCCUGGAGGCCGCCCUCGCAGUGUCCGGUCGGGCAUUCCAUCUCGUGGCGACACCUCCCCACCGGAACUUGAGCCCAAGCGAGACUUUCUGGACAGCGCAACUCUCCCCAGCCAGCAUCGUACACUUCCACUGGACCGACGGGCCCUCUGACGGCCCCUAUCUAUCCGCCGACUAUCUCGCCAGGAUGGAGCCUUUCCCGCUGCCCGAUGAGCCCAGAGUCGGCGCAGGAAGCAGUGCCUCAGCGAUGCAGGUGGACUCGGUUGGUGUGGCGGCGUCGCCAGAAGAUGAUGAUCAGGACGACCGCCAUGGCGACGAAGCUGCCAGGCAGCGCAGACAGGGCGGCUCACAGGGCGGCUCGCAGACAUCUCUGGGGGACGGAUCCUCGCGCAAGGACUGGCGGCCCAAGUGGUUCAAGCAAUAGAUCCGAUGGCCGGCCUGAGAAUCAUGGCCGUAUGUGUUUACGGGCGAUCCAAUAAAAAACGGGACACCCGGGUUUUUGACCAUUCA